UAAAAAAAAUGUUCAGUAUUUAAUAAGUUUUAAAAAAAAGAAAAGAAAAGAAAAUGAGAGAAUCUCUAUGCCCGGCUGUAAAAUCUUGGCCGUGCGCAACGUAAGCCUCUUCCCUUCCCGAGAACAAGGGUAAACCACAACUCUGUACCAAACAGUCAUCAGGCAAAGCCAAAACAAAUUUCCUCUUCCUAAACAUAGUCACUUGGCGGUGGUGGUCGUUGGGCACGUUCGUCUCCAUGCAUAUGCCCAACUGACGCCCCGUGCCGCGUCCCGCGUCGACGUCGUGCCCUCCGGUCCGGAUUUGGCUCGCACGGCGGCGCCGGGCUCCGGUUGCGCGCGCCAACGCCAACGCCAAUGUCGUCAUCCGAUGGCGGCCAGUCGCGCAAGAGGCUCGUCGUCGGCGUCCUGUCGGUGUGCCUGCUGAUCGCCAUGGUCAUCGGGACGGUCGUGUUCUUCGUGAGCGAGAAGGCUGGCUACAACUCGGAGCUGAGCAAGCGCAACAUGAGCAAGACGAUGCGCAGCGUGGAGCUCUUCUGCGCGCCCGCGGACUACCAGGGCACGUGCCACGAGACGCUGGAGGCGGCGCUGUCGCGGACGGACCCGGAUGAGCACCCGCACGCCGCCGCGGCCGCCGCGAUCACCGCCGUGGAGCGCGCGCUGGCGGAGGGGUUCAACCGGUCGUCGGUGCUGGACGCGGUGCGGCAGAGCAACGACACCCUGGUGUGGGAGGCCAUCCACGACUGCCGGAUGCUCCUGGAGGACUGCCGCGGCAACGUGGAGCGCGCGCUGUCCAGCAUCGCGUGGCGCGGCGUCGACGGGCCCGCGCAGGACCUCCAGGCCUGGCUCAGCGCGGUGAUCACGUUCCAGGGGUCCUGCGUCGACAUGUUCCCCAAGGGAGAGGUCCGCGACGAGGUGAAUAACACCAUGGAGAAGGCGCGAGAGGUAUCCAGCAACGCCCUCGCCAUCAUCAAGCAGGGCGCCGCCCUCGCCUCCAUGCUGGACCUUCACACCAGCCUCGACAAGGGCGGCCGUCAGCUGGAGGAAAAGGAGAAAUCCGCGUCAUCAUCGUCGUCGUCCGUCCCCACGUGGGUGCCCAGCGAGGAGCGAAAGCUGCUCGGCGCCAAGGGCGAGCGGCGCAGGGCCGCGCUCACGCCCAACGUGACGGUGGCCAAGGACGGCAGCGGCGACUUCACCAAUAUCUCGGCCGCGCUGGACGCCAUGCCGGAGAAGUACAGCGGCAGGUACUUCAUCUACGUGAAGGAAGGCGUGUACGAGGAGACGGUGAACAUCACCGGUAGGAUGGCCAACGUCACCAUGUACGGCGACGGGUCCAAGAGGUCCAUCGUGACGGGCAGCAAGAACAUCGUGGACGGCAUCAGGAUGUGGAGAACCGCCACUUUUGCGGUGGACGGCGACAGUUUCAUGGCGAUGAAGCUGGGCAUCCGGAACACGGCGGGGGUGGAGAAGCAGCAAGCGCUGGCUCUGCGGGUGAAGGGCGACAAGGCCAUCUUCUUCAACUGCCGGAUCGAGGGCAACCAGGACACGCUGUUCGCGCAGGCCUACCGACAGUUCUACCGCAGCUGCGUCAUCUCCGGCACCGUGGAUUUCAUCAUGGGCGACGCCUCGGCCGUGUUCCAGCGCUGCCUGCUGGUGGUGCGGAAGCCCCGGCCGGGACAGCCGGCCGUGGUCACCGCGCAGGCGCGGCGUGACCACCAGCAGACCACGGGCUUCGUCAUCCACCGGAGCCAGAUCGUCGCCGACGAGCAGCUCGCCAGCAGCAGCAACAGCAACAAGUCCGGGUCCGCGCCGGUCAAUACGUACCUGGGCCGGCCGUGGAAGGAGUUCGCGAGGACGGUGGUGAUGGAGUCCGUCAUUGACGGAUUCGUGCACCGCCAGGGGUACAUGCCCUGGGAGGGCAAGGACAACCUGGGCACGGCCUUCUUCGGAGAGUUCAGGAACGGCGGCGACGGCGCCAACGUCACCGGGCGGAAGGAGAUGCAGGGGUUCCACGUGAUGGGCAAGGACAGGGCGCUGCAGUUCACGGUGGGGCACUUCUUGCACGGCGCGGACUGGAUACCGGAGACUGGCACGCCGGUGAGCUUGGGCUUGUCUGGCGAGGAAGAGUAAUCGUUAUGCCUAGACCCGGUGUGUGUGCAUGUGUGUGAUUAUAAUGUGUAUAUGUAUGUGCAGCUGAUCAAAACGUACGUCCUACGAGCCGUGUGUUACAACAUACAGGGUAGAACGACAGGAUACAGGUGUGUUCGAUCCAAGUUAAAUUCGAAAGAAAUUAGAAGGACAAAUGGAUUGAAGCGCUAUC